AUGUUGUAUGAUGCAUUGCGUCGCCUUCACUCGAUGAUCGAUAGGACAGUUGUGAUCAAUCGAUUUUUGAUCGAUGUUGAUGAAUCAGUUGAAGAAAAGAAGGAAACAACACAACAAGCACAAAAAUCACCUGAUGAAAAAAGCAAGGAAAGAUUUGAUAUUAACGAACUUGAUACAAAUAUGCAGAAGCUGAUUGGACGUAUCGAAAAACUUGAAUUGGAACGAAAUGAAUAUCGUGAAGCGCUUGAUAGAGUGAAAAAGAAGGGUAUCGAUUCUCAUAUUAAAAUUAAUAAACAGGAAACGAUCUUUAGGAAUAUCGAAGAUCAGCUAGUGGAUGUUGAAGAUGAGCGGCGUACGCUAGAAAUGCGCUUAGCAUCAGCUAAGCAACUUUUACGCUCUCAAGAGGAAGCACUCAAACAGCGUGAUGAGGAAAGACGCCAUAUGAAAUUGAAAAUAGCAAAAUUUGAAAUGGAAGCACGUGGAAAAGAAGCGCAGCUACGUCAAUUAAAUGAACUUGUUCGAAGUUUACGUAAAGAUUUAGAGAGAGCACAAGGUGAUUUAGAAGUACUACGUGAUCAUGAAGAACAAUGGUAUACACAUAAAUUCCAUUUGGAAAGUAAAUUAAAAGAUCAAGAAAAUGAGUCGCAACAAGUUCGCCUAUCGAUAGCGACUUUGGAGACUGAACGAAAUUCUCUCAAUGAAAAAGUACGCGAAGUUACCAGUCGACUUCAGCAAAUUGAAAGUAAAAAUAAUGAUAUGAGGGAAGAUAACGAUCGUUUGAAAAAAGAUUUGUUGAAAGCAGCAGCAAAUGAAGCAGAACUUCGACGAAGCAUUGAUCAGAAUUCACGCGUUAUCAGUGAUAAUCAAAUUUUGAAGGAUCAGUUUGAAAGUGCUCAGAACGAUUUGUUAAAUGCAAAUAAUCGAAAGCAACAACUUGAAAAUGAGCUGCUGAUAGUACGUUCCGAAUUACGUGAUAUGAAGCAACGCUUUAUUGAUAACAGAAAUCGCAUAUCAGAUCUUCAACGACAUUUAGCUGAUGCCGAAAAUGACAAGAAACGUCUUGCGAAUAGAUUGCAUAAUUUGGAAAAAACGGUAUCACAACAACGAACAAUUGAAAGCGAAAUUCGACAACAAUUAUCGUCGGCGUUGAAUGAGCGUAAUGCGCUACAGAAUGAUCUCCGUGAUGUGCAACGACGUUUAGCGCGAAUGGAAACGGAGAAGAAAAUCAUCAGCGAGAAAUAUGAUGAACUUGAGAAAAUCCGCUUAGCAUUACUGAAGCGUAUUGAACUCCUUGAUGAGGAAAAACGAGCAGCGGAAAAUAUUCUUCAUGAAACAUCAUUGCAACGUGAAGCAAUUGAAAAUUCAUUGAAUGCAUUGGAACAUGAAAAUAAGGAAUUGCAUCGUAAUUGCGCACAAUUACAACAGCAAAUCGCGCAACUUGAAUUGGAAAACGGGAACAGGCUGGUGCAGCUUACAAGUAAGCAACGCGAGGAACACGACAAAUUCCUGCAAAAUAUGAAAACGGAAAAGUUGCAGAUCGAACGAAUAAUUGAAAAUCGUGAACGUUCACUGAAGAAUCGAAUAAAUCAAUUGGAAAAUCAAUUAAAUAUAAUGCGUGAUCAGCUGAAUAGUGAACGUCGCAGACGUCGUGAGAUUAGUGAUAAAAUAUUAAGCGGUGAAAUGAAUCGAUUGAAUGUAAGCUUUUCGGGUAGCGGAGAAGGAUGUGGCUUAUAUGAUCGAACAAUAAAUUCGUAUAAUGCAUAUUUCGGUACACCAUCUUUCACCAUUGGUUCAUCAGGUUUUGAUCCAAAUGUGACUGAUGAUUCAAAGAUUAUUCUGAAAUAUUCCGAUCUGUCUGACAGUAAUUAUGCAUACGGUAGUGGAAAUCGUAUUCCUGGUACGGUAACAACAACAGGAGUCACCGAAAGAAAAAAAAGCAGCAAAUCAUAUCUUACCGAACAAAAUGAUAGCGAUGUAAUCUCGGCUCGUACUGCCAAGGACAGUGAGGGGGAAGAAAAUGAUCCCGGUAAGGGUAUCAAAGAGAUCGAUGGUGAAGGUGCUUCAUUACCGUUGAGUGAAGUUGGCCAGAGUGCGACAUUUGAGCAGCAGCAGCAGGUUCAUGAUGAUCCCCAACAAAAAACUGAUAAUUUAAUAUAA